AUGAUUGCCAAACCCAACUGUUCCUCAACAAAUACCUAUGUAUCAAGAUGUGUUCAAGAUCUGCUGUGCAACACCAGUGGUGUGUUGAACCUUAGUGAGGUAGAGAUGGAUGAGUUUUGCCUCAACCAAGAUGAGUAUCUGGAGAAAUAUCUGGGGCCCAGACGUUCCCCGGUGUUUCUGCCUGUGUGUAUCACCUACCUGCUCAUCUUCUUGGUGGGAGCGGUGGGGAACAUUCUUACGUGCAUCGUUAUUGCUCGCAACAAGGUCAUGAGGACGCCCACCAACUUCUACCUGUUCAGUCUGGCGGUGUCUGACCUGCUGGUGCUUCUUCUGGGAAUGCCUUUGGAGCUCUACGAAAUGUGGAGUAACUAUCCGUUCCUUUUUGGCAAAGGUGGCUGCUACUUCAAGACCUUCCUCUUUGAGACUGUAUGCUUCGCCUCCAUCUUGAAUGUAACAGCACUGAGUGUGGAGCGCUACAUUGCUGUAGUCCAUCCACUAAGGGUCAAAUACGUAGUGACACGCACUCACGCCAAGCGGGUGAUCUUGAGCGUGUGGAGCGUGUCUGUAUUAUGUGCCAUUCCCAACACCAGCCUCCAUGGUAUCUUCACCCUCCCUGUUCCCAAAGGGAAAGGAGUAGGUGCCUUGUCCACGUCUGCCACCUGCAUGCUGGUCAAGCCACGCUGGAUGUACAACCUGAUCAUCCAAAUCACCACUCUGCUGUUUUUCCUCCUGCCCAUGUUGACCAUCAGCGUGCUGUAUUUGCUCAUCGGCAUGCAGCUAAAACGGGAAAAGAUGUUGCAUGUCCUGGAGGCAAAUGCCAGUGUGGGACAAGACAGCUCCUCUAAUGUGCGCAGUCAGCAGCAGAAAACCCGUCGCCAGCAGGUCACUAAAAUGUUGUUUGUGCUAGUGGUCAUGUUUGGCAUCUGUUGGGCUCCGUUCCACACCGAUCGACUCAUGUGGAGUUUCCUGGACCAGAAGAGCAGCGAGCACAUGAAGAUUUUCCAGGUCUAUGAAUACGUCCAUGUCAUCUCAGGGGUCUUCUUCUAUCUGAGCUCAGCCAUUAAUCCGAUUCUCUACAACCUCAUGUCCACCCGCUUCAGGGAGAUGUUUAAAGAGGUGAUGUGUCACCACAAAUGGCAUCCUGUCCCAAGGAAACGCUCGCUGAGCAUGACGAGGGUUACUGUGCGCAGCACCUUGAGUGAAGUCCCACCCUGCAAUGGCACAGUAACUACAGAAGGAGAAGAUUGUGAUAUGGAUGACUGCCAGGAAAAUAAGACCAACCUUUCCUAAGAAAGUAGCAGUUGCAGCAUGCUUCAGAAACCCUCCACCUCCCCAGCUCCAUCUGUAUAGAUCUGCUAUUAGGUGAUUUCAUGCGUGUCGUAUAUGGGGGUUAUUUCAUGUAUAUUAAAUGUACAGAUGAAUACCUGUAUUUCUAGAUCUAUUAUGCAAGAUGUACAAAUAUUAAUUUGACAUAUUUGCUGUGCAACUGCAUGACCUUAAAUAUGACAUUUGACAUUAGAUACAGGCUUACAGAAAGAGAAAUAAGACAGAUGGCUAAUUCACACGAAAUGCUUUGUGCAUAUACUAUGAACCAUGUGCUAAUGUCAUAUGGAAAAUUUAGUAAU